AAGACAACAUUUUGGCGGGAAGUCAAUUUACCCAAUAAUAAGAGUAGAUUCCACCAAUUCACUACAAAACUGGUUCAGCACGAGAUAGUUAUAAAUAAAAACGAUCAUGUUCUGUCCACACAAGAACUCGUACCUGCAACUGGUGUGCGCGAUGAACCCUCGGGUGAUCAACAAGGCUGUCGACCAGGCCAUGCAGAGGAAACACUUCGACCCACACACUGAGUUGCCCCCAGCUCAAAGACUGGAAUCCAUGCAGCCGUCGCUCUACGCGCCACACGUGGACAUCUCCAGAGCCCGGCUGGGCUUCGGACGCGUGGGCCUUAGGAUCAUCAACCGAGAUCUCCAUAACCCAGACCAAUUGGUGCAGCUCCAAGCUUUGCACACCAUCAUGGAUCAGGUGCAAAUAUCAGAAAACGCAAUAUUCCUAAUCAACUUGCACGUGGUGUACCGCCUCAUAGAUCUGAUGCUGGACCGCGACCCGAUCAUCCGAGAGAAAGUCUGUCUCACUCUCACACACUUGGCUUCGUACUACCAAGGGAGACAGAGGAUCAUGUCUCGUGCUGACAUUGUGAGCAACCUCAUGAGGCUUAUCAUGAGAGAUAGAAAGGAGAUUCGAUAUGCAGCUUCAUAUACACUGAGGACUUUGGCAAGGGACAGGUGUGCCUGUGAAAUGAUUGUAGAGAACAACGAUAUCAUCGAAGACUUGUUGAAGAUGAUCAAGAAUGAUCAUACAGGGAUAGUGGUGCUCCAUUUGAAGACACUGGCCAAUCUUGCUGAAUGGGAUCCGGUUCGGCCUUUAAGAGCUAAUGCUUUUCAGGUGAUGCUCAAACUCUUCGACAAUCCUGACCCAAGAAUCGUCAGCGGGGCCAUGGACUGCAUGAGCCAGCUCUGCAAGCACGAGAUCGGCAUGAAACUGGCCGACGACAACGACCUGACCUUCGUCCUUCGUCAAUUCAUCGCUUCCCCGGAGAUAGAAGUCAUCAUCAGCGCUGUAGGUCUCAUGGCAUAUACAACCUUGACUACCCGUUCAAAAUGGCGGGCGAAAGAACGUUGUGGUGAGAUCACAAAGCGCCUUGUCCAUUUAUGUCACAGCCCGAACAAACCGCUGCUGCAGUUGCGUUGUAUGCAAGUGCUGAUCAACCUUUGCGACUGUCCAGACAUUAGGUACCACAUGAAGAUGCAUUGGGAGAAGAAGGUGAUUGCGAUAAAGAUAAGAACGCACGAGGAAUGGGACGGCACGUCCGAGACGACCAGUUAUGGGUUGGAGACUGGUCACAACUAUAGGACGAUGUGUAUAGAGAAGGUGGAGUGUAUCAAGAAUGAUAUUGGGGAUAAUCCGUUGGUGGUGAACGUGCAUAGCUAUUUGAGGAGAGUCGGCGAGGUGAAGGAGCAUCUGAUUAAAGCUAUCAACUGGAAAUCUUAUAGAGACUAGAAAUUUAAAGUGAUAUCAAGAUUUAAAUACUAUUAGCUUCAGUUACCAGCAUGACAAAAUGUACAAAUUCCAGCAUUACUUUGAAUCUUGGACAUAAGACGUAAUGCUGGAGCGAAAUUCGCGUUUUUGUGGUGGAUUGACUUAGAUUGCGAACUACCAGACAAAGUAGCUUCGUUUCUUAUACAAAAGGGACAAACAAAGUUACUUCGCGACUUCUAACCAAAUCUAGAAAUGUUACCUACAUAUAAUUGUAAAUAUUGAUUUAUAGUAUUUUACUAUAAUCACAAUGAAACAUUAUUAUUUAUUUAUAAGCAUGUUUAUUCGUUUUCGAACAAAAAUUACAAUAAUAUUACACUAAUUGAGCUACAUUUGGUUUGUUUAAAUACACAGUGUUUUGUGCCUCGUGGCGGACUUAAAGCUAUGACGUCAGUCGUUCAGCCUACAUACGCACCAAGUAUUCUAACGGCGAUGUAAUGAGAAUCGAUAAAUAAGUGCCCACAACAAUAAUGUUGUCAUAACAACAAAGAUUUUUAUGUAUACUACACUAGACAGGUUAGCCUGUAAAAUUCCUCACAAAGUUACUGUCUAUUCCAGUUUAUUUAUGGACAGCCAAUAUGAAUAACAUUGUAACUUAAGUUAUUCGUUUGUGCAACUUUAUCUCAUAAUAUGGACUAGACUUGCUGUUGUAAACGUGUUUUCAGUUACAAUGUUAUUCAUAUUGGGUGUCGAUAUGUAUUUCCUUCACAACUUUUUGCUUGAGAGCAAGCGAGAGCUGAGCUGACACGACUUUAAUUCUGAGCAGCUAUCUCGUAGUAUACAUAAAAGUCUUGUACAAAAAGUACGAAACAUAUUUAUUUGACCAAAGUAGACCUUGGAGUAAUAUUUUUAAG